UUAAAAACUAAAACUAUAAAAAAUAUUUGUAAUUUGACUUAAAUAAUUUAAUAUUAAUUUAAUUAGUUGAAUUUCAAUAAAAGUUUAAUUUAUAUUUUUUUAAACAACUAUAUUACAUUUAAUGGCUAUAUUUAUUUUUUAUAUCUAAAUAUACUAAAAUAUGACUUUUGUUUCUUUAUAUAAGGUACAUAAAACUAAUAGAAAUUAAUCUAUUAAAAAUUUCAUAAAUCCAACAGUAAAUCGAUAAUAUAUAAACUUAAAUUAAUUUUUUACAACAUUUUGGUUAAAAUUUGGGAAAUUGCCACAAAUACCACAUUUAUAAUAACGUUUUUCAUGUUUACACUAAUCACUUUUAUCAUCACCUUUAAUAAAUGGUAAAAGACACCUAUAUCCAAGAGUUAACUAAUAUAGACUUAGGAUUUCGAGUUGAGUGGUGGAGUAGGAUUUUUGGAAUGUGAAAUUUAGGAUUCUAAUAAAUAUAUAAAUAAAUACUUGAAAAUAUAACAAUUUUUUUAAAAAAAUGAUUUCAAACAUAAUUUUCGAUUUUCGAAAAGAAAUUUAUAAAAAAUAAAAAAAAAUUCAAAAAAAGUAUUUCAAAAAAAUAAUAAAUAGAUCGAAUUUGAAAUAUUAUAAUUCGAAAAUAUAUAAAAAAUUAAUUUUUAAAUUUUAUUUUUUUUAUUUAAAUAAUGAUUGAUUAUAUAUAUGUAUAAUAAGGGUAUAAGAGUCUUUUGUCACUUAAUAAAUAAGGUAUUUUUGAAAUGGUGCUUUUAGUGGUGGUAAAGAUGAAAAGUGGUAAACAUAAAAUUUCUCCAAAUUUCAAACAUUCUUUCUAAAUUUGAUAACUUUGAUUAAUAAUAUCUUGAUUUUAUAGUUGAUAAGCUACUUUUCUAACUAAUUUUGAAUAUAUAUAUAUAUAUAAUUCUAUGUUUUCUAUCUAUGAAAAUAUUGCCGUAUUUGUAAAUUUAUAUUAUUAGUUUACUUCUAUUAAUACUAAUGAUGAUAUAUUAUACUCUUCUCAGACAUUUACCAAAAAUAACUAACAUAAACGAAAUUUUAUGUACGUUAAGUUUGAUGUCAUGUCAUAUUUUUUUAGAAGUUAUGUCAUUUUUUGUGAGAAUAAUUAUAAUGAUGACAUAUAAGCAAAUCACUUUUCAAAUAAUAUUUAACAUGUUUUUAAUAAUUUCUAGCUGUAAAAAUAUUUUUAUAUUUUUAAAUAAUAGUAGUUUACUUUUAUUAAUGUUAAUAAUGAUAUAUGAGUUAUUACCGUAUUUUAGAAAAACUUACCAAAAACAAUUUAUAUUAAUGAAAUUAUCCAUGUCACGAUUAGUUUGAUGUCAUAGGCUAUGUCAUUUUCUUUUGUGAAAAUGAAUGUAGUGAUGACACAUAAGCAAAUCAAUUCUUAAAUAAUAUCUGGAAAAAUAUAUAUUUCUAUAUGCAUUACAUAUGUGUAAUAUGCACAAACAUAUCACAUAGGGUAAUUUUUUUAGAAAACAAAUAUAAUAUAUAGGUUCACAUUCUUCUCAAGAUGAACCACGGUUCACAAGUCUGAUAACACUAUGAUUGCUCGUCAUGAUUGAAAACCUCUGAGAUAACGUCUUUACAACACAAUGAACCUUUGAAGUAGAAGAACCAGUAAUAAUAAUAUCAUCUACGUAAACUAAAAUGAAAAGUGUAGCAGGUUUAUCAUUGCGAUAGAAGAUUGAUGCAUCUAUUUUCUGAUCUAAGUUCUUAACACACAAUAAAAUGAGUAAAUUUAUGAUGGCGUUGGAUCUCGUUAGAGGGUCCGGUCCACAAAAGCUCAGAAGAGAAGCAUAUUUAAAGACUUGAGAAAACAGAAAACCAUUAGUCCAUAGACGCUCUCGGGAAAUGUAUGAGGGCUGUGUAACUUUGUGAGAAGCCCAUUAUCCGAGCUAAAUGUUGGGUCGUAAUUGUUAGAUAAAUUAAGUCUAUGAAAAACUUAAAUUAUGUCUCAAAUUGUUAGAUUGUUAAAUUGUUAGAUAAAUUAAGCCCAUAUAAUGAAGACCAUAUUAUAAGAAAUAUUUCGCUACAAGAAAACAUGGAAUUUUUUUUUUUUUUUAAAUUGUUAGAUAAAUUAAGCCCAUAUAAUGAAGACCAUAUUAUAAGAAAUAUUUCGCUACAAGAAAAUAUGGAAUAUUAUAAGAAAUAUUUAGCUACAAAAAAAAAAAAAAAAAAAAAAAAAAAAGUAACGCUCUCACCUCUUUCCUCUUUUGGCGAUUAGGGUUUGACAGUGUAGCCGCCCCCGGCGAGCCUCACGCUCGCUGGUGAGAAUCUCUUCUCCUUUCUCCCUCCUCUUCCUUUCUUCUUCCUCUUUGCUUUCUGAUGAUGGGUCUUUUGGUUUGUGAUUCGGAGUUAUUUUCUCCAGAUCUGCCAGUCUCCGCUUCUGCUACAGGAUCUUCCUCUGAUGUUCAUGGUGGCUCUGAGUUUCUGAGCCCGCCAGACCCACCGGACCCUCCAGAUCCACCGGAUUUGGAUUUUGACGGUGACUCAAUUACGGCAGUAUGCAGUCUCAUCUACUGGUCUUCCCCGACUCCUUCUAAGGCUAUCAGGGAGCAUUGUGUCGUCAAUGGAAGUCUUCCGUUUCAUUAGUUCGUGUACGAACUCGUAUUCGGAUACGCAAGACUCACCGGUAUUACAAGGUUUUAUCUCCCGGAUUUAUGACCUCUCUGCCUUUGUUGCAAUGUGUCUAACCCUUUUGGUUGCACUAGUUGUGAUCAUAUCAAUGGGUAUCUCUAAGCUUGUCUACAAGGUAGACUGUCAAGAACUCACUAACCUUCUUUCAGAGAGUUGGUCAUUCGAUGUUCACCGGAUCUUACUCGCUAUUCGAUCCCUUAUCUUUUCCUUUGUUGUUUUAUAUGCUCAUUUCUCUUGUUGUUGUGCUUAUGUUAUGGCAAACUCUUUGGCUUGUGAUGCCUUCCUAUGUUGUAACACCUCCUCCUCUAAUGGAAUUCUAAACGUUUAAGUUAAUGAAGUAAUGUUUGACCAAAAAAAAAAAAAAAAAACAUGGAAUUCCUGACGAAUUCCCGAUGAAAUACAAUCCGUCAAAACUUGUAAGGAAUUCCCGACAAAUUCUCGUCGAAUGCCCAUCCGGUGGAAAUUUCCCCACAAAUUCCCGACCAAAUUAUAUACUUAUUAAGUAGUUGUAUGCAACACAAAAGUUCGCAAUGAAUUUUCAACGGAAUACAUAACCGUUAUAUAGUUGUUUUAAAAAGUCAAAAUUUUUGGCAAUCUCCCUUCAGUUGUGACCAAGCCUAAUCUUCCAUAUGUCGUUUCAUGAAGUUCAUCAGCACCAUCCAACAAACUGAAGGCUAUUGUUGGAGAUGUGUUUGCAUAGCUUGGCCCAAUAACAAUAAUAAGCUCAUUGGAUAAAAGCCCAGCAGCCGACUUCCGGGUAAAGAAUAAUCCUUUCUCCAGUUGAAGAAACCCUCUGACAACACACUGUGGGACGGUUCAGCAUGGCAACAUAGGGAGCCUAGGCGUGGUGCCGAACAUAGAUGUCACCAACCGGUCGAUGACUAAAUGAACUUCUAUAUAACAAUGACCUACGGUUCGUAAUCCGGGAGGAGAUGCAAGAAAAUGUCUAUUAAAAGAAAGCAAAUUUCUUUUAUAGGGUAACCAGAAGCAAAGAGAUCUCAGACACAAGACACGACAUGACAACCAAUUUCUAAGUCUUCGGAUGACCUGUAUAUUCCCUCGUCUUGUACUUAUGCUUCAUUAUAAACAGAAUCUUUGAUCCCCUCUUUCGUUGCAACAAAUUGGUUUUAUGUUGUAAAUUACAACUAGAUCUUGAUCCGCACGAUCGUGUGGGUUUUAAUACUAAAAUAUUUUAGAGUAUACAAUAAAUAUAUUAAUAAAUUAAUAUAAUUAAUAUAAUUUGGUGUUAUAUAUUAUCUAAUUUUAUAAUAGUAUUUGCGUGGCGUAUAAUAUUAUUAUUAUAAAAGUUAUAAAUUUUGUAUUUUUAACAAAAUUUAUUUUGAAAAAAAUAUUAUGUAACAAUACUUAUGUACAUAAUUUUUUUUUCUAAAUUUGAAAUAUAUGUAAAAAUUAAAACAGCUCUAUCAGUGAGUUCUAAGAUGGGUGCUUACAAUUAAAAGAAAAUGAAAAAUACUAUAAACACGAAAGAGAGUGAACACAAACUUUUGUUCACUUUCUUAGAAUAAGAUGGUUUGAAGUCUGAGACAAUACAUAGCAUAGUAAGUUUCAUUUUAUAGUCUUGUAAAUUUAUUUUAGGCUUAUAAGUUUUUGUAAAUGCUUAUUAUUUUUACCUUGAUCAAUAAAUUUCACAUUUAAUCCAAAAAAAGUUCUUAAACGUUUUUUUUUUUUGAUAACUUUGGUGUGAUCUCAAACGCUUUCCAGACCUAAUGACUAAUUACCAAGAGACCCAUAAAAAUCUGGAUUUUCUUGCCACUUAAAACGUCUAUGGGUGGCCAAGGAGAAUCGAACCCAGAACGAAAGCUCCAGCUGGAACCCAUUUACCACUUGGUUAAAAGUUCUCAAACUAGAUCUCUUAAUAACCUAUUAAGAACCCCAAAUAACAGAUAUCAUUUAACUACUUUUCAACUGAUUUAAAAAAAAUUUAGUCAUUUAAUUAUAAUAUUAACAUUAUUCAGGGUUCUAAACUGAUAAUGUUGCUAUUAUGUUAUGGGUGCACAAAGGGGCCUUUACCAUCUUAACCAAUAAUGAUUUAACUAUUUCAUUCACAAAAUUGCUAAAUAUUAGUAAUAUUAUGGGUGCACCGUGCACGUGACCCCAUAAUGUGUAACCUGGCUACGCCCUGGCUGUAACCGAUUUCCUCCUUCGACAUCUUGUGAUCGCAUCAUGUUCCUUGGUUAUGGUGUCGUCCCUCAACCACGUACACGCUCGUCCACUAAUUGAUCACAUACCAAGCCUUCCACUCUUUUGAACCAUAAUUUUCCUUCUGAACAGUUUAAGCCAACAAUUGAUUACUCAUACAUAAUGCAUGUGUUAACCUUUUAGUUCUCGUUAGUAACCCGAAGAAUUUAUCGUUUUUUAGUAGCUUCUAUGAUAUGGGUAAUUCACAUUUUAGUUGAAACUCUGUUUAAUUUAAUUAACUGUAUAUUUGCUUAAAAGCUUCGUUCAUCAAACAAACUAACACGUCACCAUGAAUACUCUGAAAGGGGAUGUUAAUUCGUAAGACUAGUCAAAAAGUAGAUCCAUUAACUGUUCCUUUCCAGUGUAACUAUUCUUAGAAGUAUUCGAUUUUACUAUUUUAGUCUUUCAUACUGAUACUUGAAUGUUCAGGCAACGUUUUCAAAAUUGGAGAUGGUUAAACUUUGUUAUCACUAAACUUAUAAUAUACAGCUAAAGCCUUGCAAGGAAUGUAGGUCCCAAAAUGUGGAGAAAAUUUUAAUAUAAAUCCAAGCUAGUUUUAUAAGGAUACGCAAUGUAUAUACAAUAUAAUAUAAAACAAAUAUGAAAAUGAUAGAAGCCAAACAUACUUAUUAUAAAUAUCAAAUUGGAGAUGAGGCUUGUUACCAUCCAUAUGGUGUGAAUUCUAUGAUUUUUGGACCCAUUAAUUUUAAGCGAGGGAAGAAGACAAAAAACAUGAAGACAUGAAACUGUUCCCUUUAAAAAUUAAUAAAUAAAAAUUCAAUAAAAAGGAAUGGUUGUCGUUCGAAAAUGGGUACGAGUAAAUAGUGUUGCAGAACUCUGCACCAACAGUAAUUACAACAAUGCAAUAUACAACCACGACCCACUUGCUUCUAUUCAUUUCCAUUCAUGUUCUCUCUCUGAAUUGACCACGGUAAAAUGUUUUAAGAUGAUAAAACCAUUUCUUCUCUUUGCACGUUUAUUAGUUAGGUUAGGUCGUACGUAAAAGUCAUGACCUAUUUUGGUGUAAUCGCAGAGACCAACUAAAUUUCAGUUAAGAUUAGUUUUAAACGACCACCUAAACCGUUUUGCUAGGGAUGGCUAAUCGAGUGUAUAAAUUUUGCAUAGCUUAACUUUGAACCAAGAUUUUCAAGAGAAGUUGUGUUAAAAGAAAGUUUGAAAUCUUGACACUUUCUUAGACAAAAUUUUAGUACAUAAGGUACAACUACAAAUUUAAUGAAAGUGGUUGUAGAGUGUGUAUAAGUUAGUUACAUUGGUUGAGAUAACCAAAGGUUAUUACGAACACAGACACCACUAAAGUUACUAUGGAAUAUGUUAAAUUUGUUUAAAUAAUACUAGGAAUUAGAAAUGUUGUUAUAAGAAAGCACACAUGUAUGAGUUUCUUAUAACUAAAGAUGAUCAAUUUUUAAAUAUGCAACAAUCCGUAAAUCAAUAUUCAUACUCUUUAAUUAACAGGAAGAACAAGUAAAAGAGGACCUACUAGACUAUACGAUAACUUAAUUGAGUAAAUUGGUUCGUGUGUCUUGAGAUGUUCUUGAAUGUGUCCUCAAUUAUUAACAUCGAAAUGACUAAAAGCUAACGCAUCUAAAAAACGGUGCCUCUGUCCCCAACCCGAACUCAUCAUAUUGAUUCAUGUUUUUCUUAUAUAAGAAACCUUUCUUAUAAGAAAAAAAAACCCUAACUAAUUUUUAAUUAAUGUAGAGGUUGAUUACCCUACUCAGAUAUUUCUUAAUUGAUUAAGAGAAUUUUAAUAAGUAUUGAAGAAUUUGAUAUUGUGGGGUUAUACUCUCUCCAUUCCUAAAAGAUAGAUUUUUUUAAUAUUUUCACACAUAUUAAGAAAACACAUUAAACUAACGUAAUAAAUGUAUCGUUUUCUGUAAUUUUUAAUUUUUAAUAACUUUUAACCAAUAAUCUAUACUAUUAAAGCAGAAUCCCUACUAGAAUCCUGCCCUUGAUUUUUUAAGUUAUUUACAAAGGAAUGCCACUCCUAUAUUUAUGGUUAAAAACAUUAAUUAUUAUCUAAAAAAACAAUUAAACAAAUGUAUUGCCUGAUUUGAAAUCUUAAACCAAGCAUGUUUACAUAUACACAUUCAAAUUAUAUUUGGUUUAAGUUCAGACAGGGUUGAUAUAUUUUAUACUUUUCUGUUUUAUAACUUAAGGUUCUCAUACUGAAAUUAGCUUUAUUCAUAUAACAUGUCCAACACAUAAUGCCAAAAUAUAAUGUCCAUCGCUAUUAUAUCAUCAGACAUUGUAUAUUCUUUUAAAAACAUAAUGUCACCAUCACUAUAAUUUUUUUAAAUAAACCGGAUCAUUUAUGUGUAACAAUAUACAAUGUGCGAUAUUGCUUUGAUAUAUAUAUGUAAAAUGGAAUAGUAAAACCCUAAGCCCUAAGUUAGACAACCCUACACUGUAACAUGACGUGUAAUAUGAAUAAGCUAUUUUAGUUAUAUGCAUCCCAACUAAAUCGUAAAAUAUGUAAGCAUUUUCUCAUUUUCAUUAUUAUUUAUGAUUUUUAGCAUCAAUUUAGGAAAGAUACGAGCCGAUUGUGUGAAGAUAUCCUUAGGAAUAAUUUGAAAAGCAUGAUUUUGUGCUUCGAAGAUUUACCAUAUAUGGAAAUAUAUAACUUCCAUAAUUCAAAGCAUAUAUUACUAGGAAUAUCUUGUGGAACAUUAUACAUCAUUAAAGCCACCAUUUUUUAAAAUUAAAGUUUGAAAAUAUUAGGAUUCACAAAAUAUAUAAAAUUUCGUUUAUUCUGGUAAAAUAUUACUUACUAAUAUCUUUUGCAUUUCUAAGAUCAUCAAAUACACUAUUUUGAACGAUAUUGGAUCCACAAAAUAUAUUAACUUUCCAUAUUUCUACACGAAUAUUCCUACUCAUAUUGUGUGCCCAACUUUAUUUCCUAGCCUACACUAUUAGUAUAAAGUUUUUAGUUGACAAUGCUAACUGAUUUGAAAAAUAAAAGUAAAAAUUUAUAACGCAAAAUAAAAAUCAACAAUUUAUUGAAAUAUUCAAAAUAAUCCUAUACCAUAAACAUUUAUGAUUUUAAAUAUUUAUUUAAAAUGUCAGAAUAACUUUGUGAUUUUGUACAAGGUGGGUUGAACAAACAUAUUAAUAUAUUUAAAUAAAUUUUGAUCAAAUUUUAAAUGAUUAAUAAUAUGGAUUAUAUUAUUGCAUUUUAAAUUAAUAAAAACAAAAUCAAUGUAAUAAAUACUUUAAAUAAAUAGAUUACCAUAACAUGGGUCCAAAUAAUUUGAAAUUUCCAAAAUUUUAGUCCAUUUAAGAUAAAUUAAAGCAUACAAAUUAAACAGAAAUAUUAUAUAAUUUUUAAUAAAAAUAUAACUAAUAUGUAUACGAAUUAUGAUUUUCAUUUCAAAAAAAUUAUUUUAAUCGAUUGGUAACCCCGCGCUUUUAAAGCGCGGGUCAAAAUCUAGUAAUUUAUUAAAGUCAAUGAAUUUUCUUGAAGUUUACAAUUUUUUUCAUAAAAACACACAAAAAUACAUCUUUCUGAAACAAUUUUUUUUUCUAAUAAGUCUAUCAUUAAAGAACGGAUGAAGUAUAUGCUAAACUCCGCAACAAAGAAAGUUUUUGAAUAUCAAAAUCGAUAUAAUUACCAUAAUAUAUAUAAACACAAUGGUCUUGGCCUGGGCCUAAUUUCUUGUAGACGAAAUUUAUAUAUAUAGAGAAAGUAUAUAGUAGAUAUAGAUAUAGAUAUAGAUAUAGAUAUAGAUAUAGAAGAAAGAAAGAGUCCGGGAUUACUUAGUCUCUCUCUCUCUUUCUAUAUAUCGACACACCAUAAAAGUUGUUCUUUCUCUCCGUUUCCUUAGCCUCUGCAUCUGGGCGAUUUUCUCUCUCUAUCUCCCUACACCUUUGGGAGAGUAGUACUGAUCCUAAAAACCCCCCAUCAUCUUUCUAUGCGUUCCUCUUUUCUUUCACUUAUUUUCUUUUCUUAUUUUUCUUUUAAGUUUGCGCAAAACUAGCGAGUCCAAAUAAUAAAACACUUGCAUGAGCCUAAUUUAAUAUUAAAAAUUAGAUAAAGAGAAAGAGAGAGAAGAUAAGAAAGAAGGUGACAGUAGAUUCCUACUGAUUUUUAUGUUAACAAACAUGGAAAAAUGGGUUUGACCGAAGAAACUUAAGGUUUGUUUUCCAAAUAGCAGCUAAGCGAAAGCAGAGAAGAUCUCCAUUUACUUUCCCUCCAGAGAAACAGAAUCCUUAUUAAAAGAGGAGUCUAAUUUAUUCGCAGGAAGAAAAAUGGCAUCUUCAUCAACAAACUCACCAUGCGCAGCCUGCAAAUUCCUCCGUCGAAAAUGCCAACCGGAGUGUGUAUUCGCUCCAUAUUUCCCACCUGACCAACCACAAAAAUUCGCAAACGUUCACAAAGUCUUUGGAGCAAGCAACGUCACGAAGCUCCUCAACGAGCUUCACCCUUCGCAACGUGAAGACGCAGUGAACUCUUUAGCUUAUGAAGCCGACAUGCGUCUCCGUGAUCCAGUCUACGGCUGCGUCGGAGUCAUCUCUCUCCUCCAACAUCAGCUUCGCCAGCUUCAGAUCGAUCUCAGCUGCGCCAAAUCUGAGCUUUCCAAGUACCAAAGCCUCGGUAUACUCGCCGCCACCCAUCAGAGCCUUGGAAUCAACUUACUCGCAGGCGCCAAUGCAGAUGGAUCGACGACGGCCACAGUGAGAGACCAUCAUUAUCAUCACCACCAGUUUUUCCCUAGAGAGCAGAUGUUUGGUGGGUUAGAUGUUCCUACCGGUAACAACUACGACGGAGGGAUUCUUGCGAUUGGACAGAUCAGUCAGUUUCAGCAGCCGAGAGCAGCCGCUGGAGAUGAUGGUCGCCGUACUGUUGAUCCGUCUUGAGAUUUUAGGGUUUUGGGCGGUUCAUCGUCGUUGAUCCUGGCUUGAUCAUUGCUGAUGAAUUAUGGUUUCAGAUAAUAUAUUAAUGUGGAAGGAAAACAAAAUUAAUAUUUUUAAUCGAACGGUCCAGUCCGUCUCUCUUGAUGACAUUUGUUUCAGUUAUUAUUAUUAUUAUUACUUUUGCUAAGAUAUAUGAUGAUACUGUCACGUUUGUAUUUCUUUUAAUUAUAUGGCAACGGUUUUCGUUUUUGUUUUUCGCAUUUUUUUUUGUCAACUUAUCAUUUAUCAACAAGGUAGUACAUGAUUUGUAAUCACAAGGGUUUCAACCACACUUACAACACAAAGUGAUCUAGUAUUACCUUAGAACACAUAUAUAGAUCCUACCUAACCAAUCUUUACUUUGUUGCAGUUCUACCCGAUGAUAACAAACUUUCCCCAUGACCCGAAAAGAGUUGUCUCUUAAACCACCUAAAUUUGAUCACUCUAAAUGAAAACAUUAAAACAUAACUAACUAGACCAAAUCAAAAUUAUACAUUUAAACUCCAGCAUUAGUCACCAAUGGUCACUAGCUCAGCUUACGAACCAAAGCAUCUUCACCAAAAUGGUGCAAGUCCUAACAUGACUAUCGUUACUGUGCUCUCAAACGCCUCGCUACAAAGGCGGAAAGACGAAAGCAGGUCCACACUGAGUAAAACCAGGCUCCACAGCAAGCGAAACGUAGCCGAAACAUCAAUUAAAGCUUCAAAUGUUGUCAGCUCCUACCACCACAGAAGAUGAAGAACCACCUCCAGUGCUGGGAAGUAGAGAACCACCAUGUACCUACUACAAAGUUCAUCCCACCGGUUGACAAGUCCAGCAAGAUGAGAUCUCUAUGACGCACCUUACCCCAAAAACCAGAGGUCAAGAACAUUUUCCAUCGCCGAAUCACCACUCUUCCGUUGGCUCACCGUUGAGGGUAGAUCCAGACCGGAUAAGGAUUCUCACUGAGCCAUGCGCCGUCACCGUUAAGAGAUCACCCGAGAUCAAUAAAACGGGAAAAUUAGAUCUGGCAUUGUACUUCAACCCUAAAAGCCGACCUCUUCUGCAUCCACCGCAACCUAGACUCACCGCUCCUCCAAACUGCCGGUAAACGUCUCCUCUGGCUUUGAAAGUUUCUGGUGAAGCACCAAAUGAUUCAGAAACAACUUACAUAUCGAAUAAGGUAAAAAUAUGAGGAUAAGGCAAAGAAAAAAAAUAUGAAGGAUGUAGAGAAGGUGAUUCCAGCACCGGCAAGAGCCCGCCCAGAGGAAGGGACACAAUUCCAGGAUGUGAUAUUCUUGUGGAGAAGACUUUUAGAGAGAAAGAAUUAGAGAGCAAAGUAAGGCAGCAACGGUUUUUGUUUGUUCUCUUAGUUUAUCUCAUAUAGUAUAAUACUUACAAAUAUGUUGAUUCUAAUAGGAUCCUACGUAUCUUCUGCUGGAUCUAUAUUAUUAAAAAGAUUUUUAACGUUAAAACUCUUCGACUAUGUUUUGGGUAAAAACCCACAUCUUGAGGAUCGACCAGAGUCCAUAUGACCUAUAAAUUCCAUGUCUUCGAUGUUAUAUUGAUGAGAGAAUCCACUGUAAGGUUCGGGUAACGAUUGUGCUGAUUUUUAUUUGCUGGUCUUGGACGUGUGGAUGGAAGCCAGGGAUCAAUUCCAUACGGAGAUAUAAGAUUCUGAUCCCACUCUUUUGAUUAGUCCUUUGCUAACCAGAGAUCUAACAGAGACAAUACUACACUAACCUUAGGAUGAUGAGUACGAUCUAAUUGGUUCCAGGGGUGAUGCAUUCCUUAAAUACCGUCCUUUAAACACACGAGAGAAAAGUGUGUUUGGUUUAUCUAUCAAUCUCCAAAAUUGCUUCCCAAACAUGGUUGUAUUAAAAUCUGUGAGGACUUUAAAAUCCAAGCCUCGUUCAUCCUUGGGGUACAUAGUUUAUUCCAUGAUUUUCAGUGCAUACAUCUAUUAUUGUCUUCUAGACUCCGCCAAAAUUGUGCCGCUCCACUUAUUACCUUGUUAGCUUCUUAGUUACUGUUUUUGGUAUGCAAAAACAUGACAUUACAUGGUUUGGUAAAGCCGUUAUCACAGAUUGUCUAGAUAGGAUAACAGCAAACGAUCUCAUUUUUUUAUAUAGACCAUAUAGGAUUUAUAUAAUAUUAAAAAAAAAAUUUGACAUGAUUGCACCAAAAAUAAAAAUUGACAUGAAAUUUUUCAUAUAAAAUAAUAUUUGCAAGAAAUUUUUUUUGAUGUGGGAUGUUAUACACUGACAUUUCUCAAAAAAAAAAAAAAACUGUCAGCGACGAGAGAUAAGGAUUUGACGUAUGUAGGAAAGGGCUUAACAGAAUUCACGAACAGUGAUGAAACAUCUUAUCUCCGGGAGAAUUAUACAGAGUACCUUUUUAUAGGCUGCAUCCAAGCCUUCAUUCAUAUAUUUAUGACCAUGCCUCUGUAUAUUUUCUAUUUCCAGCUAUUAAUACUAAUUGUAACAUUAACUAACUAGUGCGGCCGAGACUGAGCAUCUAAACUGUCACUGACUUAGUCUUUUUAGUUAUUUAUUUGACUAUUUGGUUAGUAUUUGGAAGUGGUAGAUUAUAAUUUGCACAAAUAUUAAUAAAAAAUAAAUAUAUAUUUUAUCAAUUAUUUUUAUUUUGUUUUAGUUUUAUUGCUUCCCAAUAAAAUUGUAUCAUAUUUUUAGAUUUGUUGCAAAAAGACUGCCUUUUGUUAAAACAUUUCAAAAGUCCUUCAGACAUCUAUUUGUUGAGAAAGACCAAACAACAGUAUGUUUUUUGCUAAAAUAAAUAUCAUAACUAGAUCUUCCCUCUAUUAAUAAAAUAAAAUUUACUAAAAUUCUUACGUAUUUUAAAGAAAAAUUCAUGUUCAAAAACAUAUUCAUAAGUAUUUUUCAAAAACAAUUUCUAUGACCUUAAACUAAAAUAACUUAAGACUAUUAAUUGUUUCCAAUGAACAUUUUUUGAAAUCUAUAAUUUUAACCAAUAGGUAGUAAAAUUUGCAUAUACAAUUUAAAAUCUG